GACCCUCUGAGGAUUCUGUGGUGAUACUCACUCCUGAGCGUCAACCAUGAGAUUCACAGCUCUUCUCCUUCUGGUAGCUCUGGCUGGGGCCCUGGUCUGUGCCCAAGAUGCCACCGCUGGUCCUGCACAAGCUACUGAGGACCCUGCGAGCUUGCAAUCUGAUGCACCCCAAGAGACAACCAUAGCAGCCCAGACUUCGGCGGCAGCCCAGGAGACUCCGGCGGUAGCCCAGGAGACUCCGGCAGCAGCCCAGGAGACUCCGGCAGCAGCCCAGGAGACUCCGGCGGCAGCCCAGGAGACUCCAGCGGCAGCCCAGGAGACUCCGGCAGCCGCCCAGGAGACUCCGGCGGCAGCCCAGGAGCCAACCACCAAGCAAAGACAAAGUCUUCUGGAAUCCGUGAUAGAGAAAGGUAGAUCGGACCUACAAAAUGUCAUUGAUAGAGUACAACAAAAGGCUGAAGAAAGAAUUAGAGUUGCUGAAGAAAGAAUUAAAGUUGCUGAACAACUACUUGCAAGUUAG